GGGAAUAUUCAGACGGUGUUUUUUUUAGGCCAUGAACUGAACUGAGAAGAAGCAAUUGAUUUUUAAGCAAAUGCGCAUGCGCGAGCGGCUACUGUUUCUCUGUUCGUCUAUAUUGUGUGUGGGAAUCAGCAGACCCAAUAAUUUCCUUCGGGAUAAUUAAAGUAUGUAAAAGUGCAUAGAAAAUGAUUUUUGCUCCCACAUUUUUAAAUGCAUUUUUGUUGUGGACUUUGGGUUAAAAGUCGAGAGAGAUCCUAGAGCGCGAGAGCUAAACUUCUGGCUGAAUUGUGUCCAUAUUCGCCACGCGGGUCAUCACCUCUCAUCCGUGCAAAUGGACGUCACCGAGUACAUCCUAUCUGCGGGAAAAGCCGUUUUGGACAUGAUGGAGCGGGAAUGGCAGCCUCUCAACGCGGUGGAGCUCGAGCACCAGUUGGACCAGGCGGUGGAGCAGAUCCUGGAGGCAGAUCUAACAUCAAAACUAAAGAGGAAGGCCUCUCCUUCUGUUUACGAAGAGUUAGUGCAAAAUCAAGCGACAACGGAGCCUCAAACACACGCAGAAAGUCGACCUGCAGAAGCCGUGGACUCUGCAGCUGUUAAGCACAUCUCAGACCUCCUCCAGAGCUCCACAGCUGGGAUUCGGAUGUCCGGCCGGGCUCGGCUGUCUCUGUCCCAAACGGUCCUCCUGUCACUGACUCUACUGUCUGAGCGGGUCAGCUACCGGUCGGUGUCGGAUCGCUUCCAGCUGGAGAAAGGAAACAUCCACCGGAUUUUCUUUUCUUUCUGCGAGCGCAUCAACGCGCUGCAGGAGAAGCUCAUUAGGUGGCCCGUCGACAGGGAAGCUGAAGAGAUUCUGGUUCCGUUUUCCAGUCUGCUUGGAAAAGGUGAGGAGGAGAAUGGGAAAGGUGUUCCUGGAGUUCUGGGAGUGUUGGGACACACACGGAUCCCAAUCCGUCUGCCAGUAGGCAAACGUGACACGUCUAGGAUGAGGACGGAGCAGCAUCCCGACUCCUGGUUACACCUGGAGCUGGUUUGUGACCACAGAGGCCACUUCCUCCACUGCAGAGCUGGGAAAGGAUCCGACGAGGACCGAGCCGACACUCUGAGGAACAGACUUGCCCUGAUGCCCUCCGGUUCUUUCCUGGUAGCGAGGACCGGAUACCCACUGACUCCACAGAUUUUAACUCCGUACGUAAACAGCUGCGGGCAGAAGGAGGAGCUCUUUAACCAAACUCUAGAGGAGCAUUUCCGGACGUUCGGUCAGGCCGUUGCUAAGCUGAAAACUCGAUUCCGAAGACUCCAGUACCUGGACAUCGGGAACUUUGAGCGAGCCAGAGCCGUAGUCCUGACCGCUUGUGUUUUACACAACGUUUUCCUGAACAUGGGACAAGAGAUUGAUGGACAGUUUGAGAACGAGGAGGUCCCGAUCCAGGAGAGAGAAGUAGCAGCAGAUGAGGAGGGGAUUCUUCAUCGAGAUGGCGUUGCAGAGUUGCUGUUUAAAAAUGUCAACGCUGUGAGAACUUAACCUGUUUCUCGGUAAGGUUGUAGACCACAUGUCAAAGUCGAGGCUAAUUCCAUCCGGCCCUCAAGGUCAUUUUAUUUUA